UUACUAACGACUCACGACAGUCGACAUCGACAAGUGUCACACUUUCGGUGUAAGCAGUAGUUUCUGUUUACGUUUGUAUAAAAAUUAAUUUACGUAAAAUUAUAACUGUGUGAAACAGUCCCUAUAUUACUACGUGACUUAUCACUGGUAGGCCAUGGCGGCAAUCAACCCAUACAGUAACUUGCUGAAGACGUUGGAAGUUAAUGGAAAGACUUACAAGUACUAUGAUAUAACUCAGCUUGGAGAAAAAUAUGACCGUCUCCCAUUCAGUAUCCGUGUGCUGUUGGAAAGUUGUGUACGCAACUGUGACAACUUCCAAGUGCUGGAGAAGGAUGUGCUUAAUGUAUUGGAUUGGGAGCAGAAACAAACCAUUGAUGAUGUUGAAGUUGCUUUUAGACCAGCUAGGGUUAUUUUACAAGACUUGACUGGUGUACCAGCUGUUGUUGACUUUGCAGCAAUGAGAUAUGCAGUCGGACAGUUGGGUGGUGACCCCAACAAGAUCAAUCCAAUCUGCCCAGCAGACCUGGUCAUAGAUCACUCUGUGCAGGUUGACUUCUCUAGAACACCUGACGCACUAAACAAGAAUCAAGAAUUGGAAUUUGAGAGAAACAAGGAACGGUUUCAAUUUUUGAAGUGGGGUGCGCAAGCCUUCAAUAAUAUGUUGAUUGUGCCGCCUGGUUCUGGAAUCGUUCACCAGGUUAAUCUUGAGUAUCUGGCGCGAGUGGUGUUCACUGAUGAUAUACUGUACCCUGAUUCCGUGGUUGGCACAGACAGUCACACCACCAUGAUCAAUGGACUUGGUGUUUUGGGCUGGGGAGCUGGAGGCAUCGAAGCGGAAGCAGUGAUGCUUGGUCAGGCAAUAAGCAUGUUACUGCCCAAAGUGGUGGGUUACAGGCUGGUAGGGGAAUUGAACCCACUAGCUACCUCCACUGAUCUUGUUCUCACCAUCACUAAGCAUCUCCGCUCUUUGGGCGUGGUGGGCAAAUUCGUGGAGUUCUUUGGUCCGGGCGUCGCUGAGUUGAGUAUCGCGGAUCGAGCUACUGUCGCCAAUAUGUGUCCGGAGUUUGGGGCAACGGUCGCCCACUUCCCGGUCGACCACCGAUCCUUGGACUACCUUAAACAGACUAACCGCUCUGAAGAAAAAAUCAAUGUCAUCAAGCAGUAUUUGAUGGCUACCAAGCAAUUCAGAGACUAUACUAACCCUGAACAAGAUCCCGUCUUCUCGGAGAUAGUGGAACUAGAUCUAGCGACGGUGGUGACAUCUGUUAGCGGCCCUAAAAGACCCCAAGAUCGCGUCUCCGUUUCGAACAUGAAACAGGACUUCAGGGAAUGUCUAACGAACAAGGUUGGUUUUAAAGGGUACGGCCUGUCUCCAAGCGCCCUAUCAUCAUCAGGCAGCUUCUCAUUCAGUGAUGGACAGACAUACACCAUCACCCACGGCUCUGUCAUCAUCGCGGCUAUCACCUCUUGCACCAACACUUCAAACCCUAGUGUUAUGCUAGGAGCCGGUCUUCUUGCAAAGAAAGCAGUUGAAAAUGGUUUAAGUGUACUGCCAUAUAUUAAGACUUCCCUUUCACCGGGCUCUGGAGUCGUCACUUACUACCUUAAAGAGUCUGGCGUGAUCCCUUACUUGGAAAAGUUGGGAUUCGAUGUGGUCGGCUACGGCUGUAUGACAUGUAUUGGUAACUCUGGACCUAUUGAUGAUAAUAUCGCCAAUACUAUUGAGAAGAACGAACUAGUUUGCUGUGGAGUGCUGUCUGGAAACCGUAAUUUUGAGGGUAGAAUCCAUCCAAAUACGCGGGCUAAUUACCUUGCAUCACCGCUUCUAGUCAUCGCGUAUGCGUUGGCGGGAACUGUUGACAUCGACUUCCAAACCCAACCGCUUGGAAAGCGGGCAGAUGGCUCGCCAGUAUUCCUGAACGAUAUUUGGCCGACUCGUGCUGAAAUACAGGAGGUCGAGAAUAAACAUGUCAUCCCGGGAAUGUUUAAGGAGGUGUAUGAGAAAAUAGAGCAAGGCUCUCCAUCAUGGCAGUGUCUGUCAGUACCCCAAGGUCAACUGUACGGCUGGGACCCGAACUCUACUUACAUCAAGAGACCACCGUUCUUUGAUGACAUGGGCAGGGAACUUCCACCAGUAAAGAGCAUAGAGGGCGCCAGGUGUCUUCUGCUUUUGGGCGAUUCUGUUACCACAGAUCACAUCUCGCCAGCUGGGUCUAUCGCUAGGAACUCCCCUGCUGCUAGAUAUCUUGCUGGAAGAGGUUUGACCCCUCGUGAAUUCAACUCGUAUGGAUCCCGUCGCGGCAACGACGCAGUCAUGUCUCGUGGAACAUUCGCGAACAUUCGUUUGGUGAACAAGAUGGUGGAUACGGCUGGACCGAAAACUAAACAUCAUCCCAGUGGAGACGUCAUGGAUAUAUUUGAUGCGGCUGAUAGAUACGCCAAGGAGAAUGUUCCGCUGAUAGCAAUAGUGGGCAAGGAUUACGGUUCUGGAUCCAGUCGGGAUUGGGCUGCAAAGGGACCAUAUUUAUUGGGCAUCAAAGCGGUGAUAGCAGAGUCGUUCGAACGUAUCCAUCGUUCCAAUCUUGUCGGUAUGGGCAUAAUGCCGUUGGAGUUCCUGCCUGGAGAGAGUGCCGAAAGCCUUGGGCUCACUGGAGAGGAGUCUUACUCCCUUCAUGUGCCGGAGAAUCUUCAUACACACCAGCUGCUCACUGUAAAGGUAUCAACAGGCAAGUCAUUCCAGGUGAAAGUCCGUUAUGACACUGAAGUCGAUCUGACCUACUUCAGAAAUGGAGGAAUCCUCAACUAUAUGAUUAGACGGAUGCUGUGAUCCCAUCCGCUUUUUGACCGCGCGUAGUGACACUUUACGAAUUUAAUGGGUUGGGGAACGCCGGAUAUUGGCAUAUUUUUAUUUAUAUUAACCCUUAUUUUGACUUGAUUUUUUUUUUCAAAUAAAUUUAGUAUUUGUGGCGGGGAAACAAUGUAAUUUUUAUAGUGAAAAUGAACUUUUGAAUGAUUAUAUUAAUAAGCUUGUAUAGGUUAUGUUUAUGUCACCGGGAUGUAACAAAAUCCGCAACUUUUUAAAUUUUCUAGGAAAUAAAAUUCUUGUAGAUUUCUAAACGAAAUAAAUUUUAUUAUUUUACGCCCACAUUUUCGUAAGUUGAUUAAACCGAACUCACACGUAAAAUAAGAGCGUACAAAUUCUUAAAAGGCCGGCAACGCACUCGGCGGUAUCACUUAACAUCAUGUGAGCCUCCUGUUCUAUAUAUAAAAAAUAUAUACAUAAGCGGUAAUAAUUGUUGAAUAAUUCACUAACCGUUGAGAAUCUUACGAAUAGAUAUCCGUUAGUUAAUAAAUUUACAACGAGACGUAAUUUACGAAAAUGUGGGCGUAACUCGUUUAGAAUCCUACGAGAGUUAAAAAUUUCCUAGGAUUUUGUUAUCUUCCGAUGCCAUAUACAGAACUUUAUUUACAUUUGUAGAGAGAAAAACUAUGCUUGCAAUCUUAUUUUAACUGGAACUAAUUAAUUACAUGUUUAGUUCCUAUUGAAAUUAUAUUUGCUAUAAAAUAAAAAUAUAUAGAAAUACCAGUUUAUAUUUAUAACACCAAUGCGUAGGUAAACAUGUAAUCUUAGGAAUAACGUUUAUAUAAAUUUAUGUAAUUAAUGUUAAUAAAAAUAAAUGUAUUUUGUUUA